UCCAGGCGCGCCCGCCACUCGGUGGCCGGAGCGCCGGCGGAGCGCCAUGGCCUGCAUCCUGAAGAGAAAGUCAGUGAUUGCAGUAAGCUUUGUAGCGGCAUUCCUCUUCCUGCUGGUUGUGCGUCUUGUAAAUGAAGUGAAUUUCCCAUUGCUCCUAAACUGCUUCGGACAGCCUGGUACAAAGUGGAUACCAUUCUCUUACACAUACAGGCGGCCCCUUCGGACUCAUUAUGGAUACAUAAAUGUGAGGACACAAGAGCCUUUGCAACUGGACUGUGACCUUUGUGCCAUAGUGUCCAACUCAGGUCAGAUGGUUGGACAGAAGGUGGGAAGUGAGAUUGAUCAGUCAUCUUGCAUUUGGAGAAUGAACAAUGCCCCCACCAAAGGUUAUGAAGAAGAUGUUGGCCACAUGACUAUGAUCCGAGUUGUAUCCCACACCAGUGUUCCUCUUUUGCUAAAAAACCCUGACUAUUUUUUCAAAGAAGCAAACGCCACUAUUUAUGUUAUUUGGGGUCCUUUUCGCAACAUGAGGAAGGAUGGCAAUGGAAUCGUUUACAACAUGUUGAAAAAGACGGUUGAUGUCUACCCAAAUGCCCAAAUUUAUGUGACCACAGAGAAGCGUAUGAGUUACUGCGAUGGAAUGUUUAAGAAGGAAACUGGGAAAGAUAGAGUCCAGUCUGGCUCUUACCUCAGCACAGGGUGGUUUACCUUCAUUCUGGCCAUGGACGCCUGUUACAGCAUCCACGUAUAUGGCAUGAUAAAUGACACCUACUGUAGGACAGAAGGGUACAGAAAAGUUCCCUAUCAUUAUUAUGAACAAGGAAGAGAUGAAUGUGAUGAGUAUUUUCUACAUGAACAUGCUCCAUAUGGGGGACACAGGUUUAUCACUGAAAAGAAAGUGUUUGCUAAAUGGGCCAAGAAACACAGAAUAAUAUUUACACAUCCAAACUGGACAGUGUCUUGA